AUAAAAAUGACCACGCGUCUGUCCAGUUACCGAGAACUGGCUAACAUGUGGAAAAUAUCAGAGAGUUAAUCGCUGCUGUUCCUACAGACAGAAGCUGUCAAAUGGCAAAAGCGUAUGAGUUUAACUGGCAGCGGCCAGUGCCUUGCUGUAUGCAAGAAGGAGCGUAUUUUGAUAGAUUUGAUGAGGACCCAUUUGUCUUUGAACCUAACUGCUUUUUCAGAGUGGAUGCCUUUGGCUUCUUCGUCACGUGGAAGAGCGAAGGAAAGGAAGGUCAGGUUCUGGAGUGUUCUUUGAUCAACAGUAUACGGAACACAAAUGUGCCUAAGGAUCCGAAGAUCCUUUCAGCACUGGAGGCCACAGGGAAGAGUGAGAGUGACUUGGAGGGCAGGAUCAUCUGCGUAUGCAGCGGCACUGACCUGGUCAACCUCAGCUUCAUGUACAUAGUGGCCCAAAACAUUAGCAUUGCAAAGCAAUGGACUGACAGCUUGCGGUCAUUGAUUCACAACAGCCGGGCAAACAAUGUGUGCCCAAUGACCUGUCUAAGGAAGCAUUGGAUGCGGCUGUCCUUUUUGACCAACGUGAAUGGAAAAAUCCCAGUGAGAAGCAUUACAAGAACAUUCGCUUCAGGAAAAACAGAGAAGGUUAUAUUCCAAGCGCUGAAAGAUCUUGGCCUACCCAGUGGAAAGAAUGAUGAGAUUGAGGCUGAAGCUUUCACCUUUGAGAAGUUUUACUCUCUUACUCAGAAGAUUUGCCCCCGAACUGAUAUUGAGGUCCUAUUCAAGAAACUCUGUGGAGAAAAAAGUGAUUACUUAAACAUAGACCAAUUAGUCAGCUUUCUGAAUGAAAACCAGCGGGACCCUCGCCUUAAUGAGAUUCUUUUCCCAUUUUAUGACUCCAAGCGUGCGAGACAAAUCAUAGAAACCUAUGAGACUGAUGAGAAGCUGAAAAGGAAAGGGCUGAUGUCGUGUGAUGGAUUUUGCCGAUACCUCAUGUCUGAUGAGAACGCUCCAGUAUUUUUAGACCGUCUGGAGCUCUAUCAGGACAUGGACCAACCUCUUGCCCACUACUUCAUCAGCUCCUCCCAUAACACUUACCUGACGGGCAGGCAAUUUGGAGGGAAGUCUUUAGUGGAGAUGUACCGGCAGGUUCUGCUGUCCGGCUGCAGGUGUGUGGAGCUAGACUGCUGGGAUGGAAAGGGAGAAGAUCAAGAGCCUAUUAUCACUCAUGGCAAAGCCAUGUGCACAGAUGUGCUUUUCAAGGAUGUCAUUCAGGCCAUUAAAGAAACUGCAUUUGUGUCAUCUGAGUACCCUAUAAUUCUUUCAUUUGAGAACCACUGCUCGAGGCAUCAACAGUACAAGCUUGCCAGAUACUGUGAAGACAUUUUUGGAGAUGUGCUUCUCAGGCAGCCUUUAGAUGAUUUCCCAAUGGAGCCCGGACAACCUCUGCCUUCACCAAAUGACCUUAAAGGAAAAAUUCUCAUUAAGAACAGAAGAUUAAAACCUGAAGUUGAAAAAAAGCAACUGGAGCACUUCAGGAAGCAUAUGGAAGCUGGAGAAGCCAACAUGUCCACCAACAUGUCUGAAGAUGAGAACGAGGAGGAUACUGGCUCUGCAGAGCUUGUGGAUGAGGCUCACCCAGAGCGGAUAUGUGGCAGCCUUGUCAUUGGGCAGACGAAUAAUAGUGAGGGAAAUGUGCUCGGGGCCAGAAAGGGGAACAACGAGGAUGUUGCAGUAUUAGACGCAUUAGCACAAACACCCCUCGAAGCCUCAUGUCAAGAAAAUGGAAAGAAGGCUGGUGAGCCAAGUGUGGCUGAUGAGCAAGCUUUGAUUCAGUCAUACACAUACGUUGCAGCCACCACUAAUAUUCAUCCUUACCUGUCCAGUAUAAUCAACUAUGCCCAGGCUGUGAAGUUCCUAGGCUUUGAGGAGGCUGAAGAGAAGAACAUUCACUACAACAUGUCCUCCUUUAAUGAGUCUGUAGGCCUGGGGUACUUAAGGACCAAUGCCAUUGAAUUUGUCAACUACAACAAGCGGCAGAUGAGUCGGAUCUACCCCAAAGGAGGCCGAGUGGACUCCAGUAAUUAUAUGCCUCAGAUCUUCUGGAACGCCGGCUGCCAGAUGGUUUCUCUGAACUUUCAAACCCCAGAUUUGGCAAUGCAGCUGAACCAAGGAAAGUUUGAGUACAACGGAUCAUGUGGAUAUUUGCUGAAGCCAGAUUUCAUGCGUCGUCCAGACCGAAUGUUUGAUCCUUUUUCGGAGACUCCUGUGGAUGGAGUGAUUGCAGCUACUUGCAGCGUCCAGGUGAUUUCAGGCCAGUUUUUGUCUGACAAGAAGAUUGGCACGUAUGUGGAGGUGGACAUGUAUGGACUGCCCACAGAUACCAUUCGCAAAGAGUUUCGCACCAGGAUGGUAAUGAACAAUGGACUAAACCCUGUUUACAAUGAAGAGCCCUUUGUGUUCAGAAAGGUAAUCCUACCGGACCUUGCAGUGCUCAGAAUAGCGGUGUAUGAUGACAACAAUAAGCUGAUUGGCCAGAGGAUUCUCCCCCUGGACGGUCUGCAGGCUGGCUACAGACACAUCUCCCUACGAAACGAGGGCAACAAACCUCUCUCUUUGCCCACCGUAUUCUGCAAUAUCGUCUUAAAAACAUACGUACCCGACGGGUUUGGAGCUAUUGUAGAUGCCCUGUCUGAUCCCAAAAAGUUCUUAUCCAUCUGUGAAAAGAGAACAGACCAAAUGAGAGCCAUGGGCAUUGAAACAUGGGAGAUAGCUGAUGUGCCGAAUGACAGUUCGAAGAGGAGUAAGAGGGGUAAGGCGAGCCAGGUGAAGGCUGUGUCACCUCAGAAGAGUUCAGAGACACACAGCACAUCUUCAGGACAGAAUGCCAGCAUUUUCUGUAGAAAGGAUAUGGCCGCUGUGAUGCCUCAAGUCACUGUUGAUGACCUGAAACAGAUGAAGAAGAGCCGAGUUCAAGAUCUGGCGUACUUAAAACUAGUAAAGAAGCAGCUGAAGGAACUUAAUGCACUGAAGAAAAAGCACGCAAAGGCGCACACUGCAUUGCGGAGGUCUCAUUCCACUCAAAUGGACAAGAUUGCUGUGCAACACGAAAAGGAAAAGCGAGUGCUAGAAAAGCAACUCGAAAAAAACAGCAAGAAAGUCAGUGAAAGUAACUGCUGUGAAAUGGGGAGAGAAAUAGAAAUGAAGAUGAAGACUAUAACCACAGACCACAAAACAAAGGUUAAAGAUAUGGCUGCUGCCCAGGCCUGUGAGUGGGCUGAGAUGAUGAAGGCCCACAGUGCUGAAAGUCAGGAGCUGAAAGAUCAGCAUGUGCUGCAGCAGUGUGAGCAGCUCAGAAAGCUCAUGCUAAUGACACAGGAGCAGCAGACGCAGCAGCUCUCACACCACCAUGAUCGACAGAGCAAAGAGAUGAGAGCCAACCAAGCAAAGUCUUCAAUGGAGAAUGGCAGAGCUAUAAGUCAGGACAAAAGCAUCAAAAACAAGGCUGAGCGAGAACGGAGAGUUAGAGAGCUGAACAGCAACAACACCAGAAAAUUUCUCACAGAGAGAAAACGGCUUGCCAUGAGCCAGUCUAAAGAGAUUGAACAGCUCCAGACAGCCCAGCGUGAACAACUGGAGAAGCUGGAUAAAUAUAUCGCUGAGUUGCUGAAAUUGCACCGUUCAAAAUCGCAUCAUCAAGGCCAAAGUGACGCAGCACCUGCAGAGCAUGAAAGAGAAGAAGAACUGAUCACUCCUUAACCACAUGAGACAACAACACACAUGAACAAAUACAUGUAAAAAAGUUUAAGAAGGGUAUUUUAUAUAAAUAUACAUGUUUAUAUUCUAAGAUUGCAGUACUUAAGUAAAUACACCCUGAAAGUG